GAAGCGGGCCGACGGCAGACUGUGUACACUGCAGUACAUGCGACCGUACAACCGCUCUCAGCACGGGCUUCGUUUUCCCCCGCCGCCAGCGACGACACGGAGGACAACAGACUAUUUGUGUUUUGAAGUGAAGUGGCGGAGACGAUUCUCAGCGUAUGCGGAGACCCUAACUUUCCGUCACAACCCGAAACCGUGUGGUGUGUGGCAUUUGUGGACUGCAAAGGAUUGCCAGAACAAGCCGCUUUCUCCUUGACUACUCAGUGGAACAGUUUUUCCAAUCACUGACACCAAAACUGAGCCAAAGGUGCAGUGGGGGCGAGGCUGCUCUCAGGUCAGAACAAACCCAUCACAAUGGAUGUGGAUGAGGAGGAGAAUAUGAGUUCGAGCAGCACCGAUGUUAAGGAAAACCGAAACCUGGACAACGUGUCCUGCAAAGACGGUGUGGGAGUUGCUGAACAGCUCCCCAAUGGAAGCGGCUUGGGCAGUCGAAAGCGCCCCCUAGAAGAGGGGAACAAUGGACAUGCACACUCGAAGUUCCGGGCCAAGAAGCGCAAGAAAACACCAGGGCCAGUCCUGCCCAAGAAUGCUCUGAUGCAGUUGAACGAAAUCAAACCGGGUCUACAGUACAAACUGCUGUCUCAGACAGGACCAGUCCAUGCACCAGUUUUUGUCAUGACUGUGGAGGUCAAUGGACAGAUGUUUGAGGGCAUGGGCCCGACUAAGAAGAAGGCUAAACUAAAUGCAGCUGAGAAAGCGCUGCGUUCUUUCGUCCAGUUCCCCAAUGCCUCUGAGGCACACCUGGCCAUGGGUCGCACAUUGACAGUGAACACAGACUUUACAUCUGACCAAGCUGACUUCCCAGAUAUGCUCUUCAAUGGCUUUGAGACACCAGCUGCACCUGAAGAAUCCUUCUAUUUAGGCUCUAAUGGUAACAGCUCCUUAAACUCAUUAGGGGAGUACCCACUGCCCACACCACCUGGUAGCAACCUUGCCCAGGCCCCAUUGCCCCCUCCAUCAGCAUUCAGCUCACCCUCCAGUGGCAAAAACCCAGUCAUGAUCCUCAAUGAGCUCAGGCCAGGCCUCAAAUAUGACUUUGUCUCAGAGAGCGGGGAGAGUCAUGCUAAGAAUUUUGUGAUGUCAGUAACAGUGGAUGCACAGACGUUUGAAGGCUCAGGGCGCAACAAGAAGCUGGCUAAAGCCCGGGCAGCACAGGCCGCCCUCUCAGCUCUCUUCAACAUGCAGCUAGACCAGACACCAUCCCGGCAACCCAUACCAAGAGAGGGAUUGCAGCUUCACCUACCCCAGGUUCUGGCAGAUGCCGUCUCUCGCCUGGUGGUGGAUAAGUUCAGUGAGCUGACAGACAACUUCACCUCCCCCCAUGCGCGACGGAAAGUCCUAGCAGGGGUCGUCAUGACAACAGGCACAGAUGUGAAGGAAGCACAGGUUAUUUGUGUCUCCACAGGAACCAAAUGCAUCAACGGUGAGUACAUGAGCGACCGCGGCCUGGCACUCAAUGACUGCCACGCUGAGAUAAUCGCCCGACGCUCACUCAUCAGGUACCUCUACACGCAGCUGGAGUUAUUCCUCAGCAACAACAAGGAGGACCACCAGAAGUCAAUAUUUGUGCAGUGUGAAAAGGGAGGCUACAGGUUAAAGGACAACGUUCAGUUCCAUCUCUACAUCAGCACCUCGCCCUGCGGAGAUGCCAGGAUCUUCUCUCCGCACGAGGCCGGAGUUGAAGACCAAGGAGACAGACAUCCCAACCGGAAAGCACGGGGACAGUUAAGGACCAAAAUUGAGUCGGGGGAGGGCACCAUCCCUGUAAGGUCCAGCAACACCAUCCAGACCUGGGACGGAGUGCUGCAGGGGGAGAGGUUACUCACUAUGUCCUGCAGUGACAAGAUCGCAAGGUGGAAUGUGGUGGGCAUUCAGGGCUCUUUGAUGAGUUACUUCACAGAGCCAAUCUACUUUUCCAGCAUCAUCCUUGGCAGCCUUUACCACGCUGACCACCUCUCCAGGGCCAUGUACCAACGCAUCGCAGAUAUCGAGGACCUGCCCCAGCAGUUCACCCUCAACAGGCCUCUACUCAGUGGUAUAAGUAAUGCAGAGGCCAGGCAGCCAGGCAAGGCACCCAACUUCAGCGUGAACUGGACGGUGGGUGACCAGGCGCUGGAGGUGAUCAAUGCAACCACAGGCAAGGACGACAUGGGUCGCGCUUCACGUCUCUGCAAGAACGCCCUCUACAGCCGCUGGGUGCGCCUACACUCCAAGCUUUCGUCCAUCUUGUGGAUCAAGAUGCUCAAGCCCAGCUCCUACCAUGAUGCCAAGCAGGCGGCCACAGAGUACCACUCUGCCAAGCAGGCGCUCAUCAAGGCCUUCCACAAGGCUGGCCUGGGGGCCUGGGUCAAAAAGCCCAUUGAGCAAGACCAAUUCACCCUCAGCUCCUGAGGGAGUCAAGGGACCAAGGGAUUCCUAACCCCCCCACUUCUUCCCCCCUUGACCCAGGCCUGAAAGCAAGAGAGAUCCCUAUUAACGACCAGCCCACAGAGACACUUACCUCCGUCCCAUGUGUCGGCACGUGCACUUUGUACUUGUGGAGAUAAACGUGCGUAGUGUCACAAACCAUCCGUAGCUCAUCAUUUUCAUUCCUCAGAGGACCUCAUGUCUUUUCUCAUCAUAUUGAUUUUUGUCCUUUUUAUUCUGAUUUUAAUGGAUGGUGUCUUCUCAUCUGCUUGUUUUCUGUUUUAAAACUGGAAUCAAUGGUUUUUACACCACUGAGUUGCUUAUAUUUGCAAGAGAAAUUAUGUUUUUAUGUCUUAGAUGUGGAAGUUGAAAUGAUACAGUUUUGUCUAUUUUCUUGAUCAAUGAGUGUAGCCAGUUUAGGGUGAAAUGUAGCCUAGAAACACAGGAUCUUUGUUAACUAAAACCAAUGUGUAUGGACCUAAAAAAAAAAAAGAAGAUAUAUACUAAAAAUUAAUGCCUAUGACAAACUUUAAUUUAAAAGACGCAUAACUCUUCAGGAUGUAAAUCUAGUACUGAAAAGAAAGAGAACAUAAUAGUUAUAUAACAUUUAAUGUGUGGUAUUUGGUCCGUUCCUUAGAUGAGACUACAUGUUCAUAGCCCCUGUAUUAAAGAUGAAAAUGUUACAAAAUGUGGUGGUCCUGUUUGUUUCACUGACUGGCAAGAAUAUGGGCCAGGUGUUGCAGCAGUUUAGUACACUUUUGUUUUAUUUUUUUAUGUCUUGUUCAUUCAUGCAUAUAUUUUUCUGUAAGUUAUUUUAUGUCACUCUCAUUCCAUACUUGAACUGUGGGGGGUCAUGUUGAGAGCAUCACAGUCCCCCCCUCCCUCCCAACUCCUCCUCCCC